UGUGUUAAUAACCAUUUGAUGUUAUGUUACACAAUGAAGUACUGUUACUUUCAACAAAGGAGUUAAUUGGAUGUUUCCCAGUAACAGUUGUGUGUUUAGAACUUUGAGUGUAUUUCAAAUGGAAGUUGCUAACUUCUGCUGUUUCAUGCUUUGUAUUUAUCUACAUAUAUACAGAAGGGCCAGAAUUGUGAAGAAACUUGGGUUCAGUCUGAACUUCUGUUUUAAGAUGCUCUUGGUUGGCAGUCGGAAGACAGGCUAACUGCAGACUUUUUCUGUGCUCAAGCUCACUUCAAAUGGAUUAGCUUGUAAGGAAGGAAACAGAACAUCGCCCAGGCUCUCUCUUUCCUGGAACAGCAGUUGAGCAGUUUGGAAAGCGACAAAUGAAUUACCUCUUUUAGAUGAGUGAGAGGUAAAAAGCAACGAAUUCAUGCUGUUCCACUAUUUUGGCUGAAAUAUGGAGCCAAAUGAGCUUUGUUUCAUGUUUCAGGUGUAUAUGGCUCAUGAUUCCUUGCUACAAUCCAUGCAUUAUCUGAGGCACUAAGACCCCUAUUUAAUUUCCACUUGCUUGUGUAGAGAAGAAAAAACCCAAAACCCUUUAUCAAUGAAAACCUAGGGUCUUCCUCUUGUCCCAAGAGUUCCUGGACCUCAGAGCUCUUGGCCUGGAACGUGUCCGGUGGUGCACUGUGUCUGAGCAAGAGCUUUCCAAGUGUAAUGACAUGAGUAAAGCCUUUAGUGAGGCUGGCAUCCUUCCCCCUCUGGAGUGUACAAAGGGGGGGUCACCUGCUAACUGUACCCAGAUGAUCAAGGAUGAUUUGGCAGAUGCAGUGACACUGGAUGGCCGUUUGAUUUACCAGGCUGGAAAGGAGCAUGGUCUGAAACCUGUGGUUGGGGAAGUAUAUGAUCAAGAGAUUGGAACUUCCUACUAUGCCGUGGCUGUGGCAAGAAAGAGCUCCAACAUCACCAUCAACAGCUUGAAGGGUGUCAGUUCAUGCCACACAGGCAUCAACAGAACUGCUGGCUGGGAUGUCCCAGUGGGUUAUCUGAUGGACAGUGGACGCCUGGCAGCAAUGGGAUGUGACCUUCCAAAAGCUGUAAGUGACUACUUCAGUGUAAGCUGUGUUCCUGGAGCAAAUGGUAUAAACUAUCCCAAAUCCCUCUGUAAGCUCUGCAAAGGGGAUUCUGCUGGGCAGAACAAAUGUGCACGGAAUUCCCAAGAGCGAUACUAUGACUACAGUGGGGCUUUCAGGUGUUUGGCUGAAGGUGCUGGAGAAGUUGCUUUUGUGAAGCACAGCACAGUGCCUGAAAAUACUGAUGGAAGAAGUCUUUUUUCCUGGGCCCAGCGGCUUCGCUCCCAGGACUUCCAGCUUCUGUGCCCCAGUGGCAACACAGCUGAUGUGACAGAGUGGAGGACCUGCCACCUGGCCCGAAUCCCAGCUCGUGCCGUGGUUGUGCGGCCUGAUACAGAUGGGGCAGUUGUCUUCCAGCUCCUGAACCAGGGACAACGAAGAUUUAAUGGGUUAGGCACCAAGUUUCAGAUGUUUGACUCUGCAGCCUAUGGUGCCCAGAAUCUUCUGUUCAGAGACUCCACCAUAGAGCUUGUUGCAAUCACAGCUCAGAAUUACCAGGCAUGGCUGGGUGAUGAGUAUUUUCAUGCUAUGCAAGCUCUGAGCUGCAACCCCAACACCUUGCCAGAAAGCCUGAACUGGUGUGUUGUAUCCACUGAGGAGAUUUGGAAAUGUGGUGAAAUGGCCAUUGCCUUUAAGAAAAAGAAUUUGAAACCAGCAAUUCAGUGUAUUUCAGCCAAGACAAAGGAAGAGUGCAUGAAACUGAUCCAGAAAAAGGAAAGUGAUACUGUUGUUCUGGGUGGAGCUGAUAUUUACACAGCUGGGAAGACAUAUGGCCUUGUACCAGCUGCUGGAGAAAGUUACUCUGCUGAGGACAGCGGCAGCGCGUACUACGCGGUGAUAGUAGUGAAGCGAAAUGCAUCCAAUGCUUUCACCAUCCGUGACCUAAAGGGGAAGAAGUCCUGCCACACAGGACUGGGGAGAAAUGCUGGAUGGAAUAUUCCCAUUGGGAUGCUAAUUAAGAGAGGUGUUAUUAAGACCAGAGACUGUAAUAUUCCUCAAGCUGUGAGUGAGUUUUUCUCUGCCAGCUGUGUGCCUUCAGCUGAGCUGGACAAUUACCCAUCAAAACUCUGUCAACUAUGUAUUGGAGAUGACAGUGGAAACAACAAAUGCAGUGCAAGUAGCCAGGAACGUUAUUACAGCUACAGUGGAGCCUUCAGGUGCCUGGCACAGGACUCUGGGGAUGUGGCCUUUGUGAAGCACUCAACAGUGUUUGAAAACACAGAUGGUAAGAAUACUGAUAGUUGGGCCCAAAACUUGAAAUCCAGUGAUUUCCAGUUACUGUGUCCAAAUGGUGCCCGUGCUGAAGUCACCCAGUUUGCCGAGUGUCACCUGGCUCAAGUGCCAGCCCAGGCCGUUAUGGUUCACCCAGAUACCAGCAUUUUUGCUCUGUAUGGACUCCUGGAUAAAGCCCAGGUCUACUUUGGAAAUAGCAGCAAUGGAAAUGGAUUCAAAAUGUUUGAUUCUUCAGCUUUUCAAGGGAAAAACUUGAUCUUUAAGGAUUCUACUAUUAAGAUUGUGCCAGUAGUAGAGAGGAGGACACAUGCAGAAUGGCUGGGGAGUGAAUAUAUUGAGUCUCUCGAAGGCUUGCAAGCACCACAAUGCUCUGGGGCAGGAGACAUUUUAAACCUACAUGUCUAUUAUCCUUGGGAGUUCCUUUCCAGCUCUCCUUGCAGAACGGUUGUUUUCCCAUUAGUGACAUCUGGAGUUACCUACUGGGUGAUCAAGUCUUUGCAGCAGCUGGACUUAUGUUCAAGUUGCAUCAACAGCUACACCCUUCUUGUGUCACCUCGUCUUCUCUUUACCAUCUUUUCCUUCAUUCUCGACUAUUGCGUUUAUCGAUUGGCUCCUUUUUGGGAAGCAGAUCCAUGGAAAGCUCUGGUACUUCUUGCUGGAUCAUACGUUACUCUGGUAUUUUAUACAAGAACAUUUACCAACACACUUGAAGGACUUCUCUUUGCUCUUUUGAUGGUAUUGGUUUCCUCUAGGUCUAGGGGCAGCUUAGCAGAGCCUACAAGCAGCCCUCUCAUAGGUGUUGUAACAGCUGCUGGGUUUUUCAACAGACCAACGUUUUUGGCUUUUGCUCUAAUGCCCCUGCUUUACUGGGUAGGUUUAAUUGUUGACUGUCAUAAGAGCAUUAAAACUGUCAUAAACCACUUUUUGAAGCUUGUUCUAUGUUCGUGUUUCACUGCCAUUAUUUUCAUAACAGCUGACACCUUGUAUUUUACCUCCAUGGGCCUAGACAACAUCUACAGCAUCAAAGAGAGCAGCAUAUUUGAUGUGGUAGGUCAACUAAAUGAGAAAAUUAUAGUAACCCCUUUAAAUUUUCUCAGGUAUAAUCUUAAUCCUCGUAAUCUUGCACUGCAUGGAAGUCACCCACGAGUGACUCAUUUUGCAGUCAACGGAAUAAUGCUGUUUGGGAUCUUACAUAUCCUGGCCAUCUGUGCAGGGUUUAAAAUGUUAAAGGAAUAUAUCCAUCACCUGAUAUGGGUCAGAGCAAAUCGCCAUGGGUCAUCUGGGCUGUUAGUGCAUUCUAAGGGCAAUCCAACAUUACUGCUGUUUUAUUUUGUUCCUUUGGCAAUUCUCUCCCUGUUCAGCCACCAAGAACCUCGGUUUCUCAUUCCUCUCAUCCUGCCAUUAGUCCUGUUCAGCACGUCACAGAACAGAGCUGUAAAGUGGAAACACGUUAUUGUUGUGUUCAAUGUUCUUGGGGCUUUGUUGUUUGGGUGCUUACACCAAGGAGGACUCAUCCCAUGUCUGUUUCACUUGGAGCAACUCCUGCAUUCUCCAGACUCUUCAAGCCACCCAACACACUAUUCCCUGCUCUUUGCUCACACCUAUAUGCCUCCUAGGUCUCUGCUUAAUAUCAAGAAGAGAGACACACAUAUAGAAGUCAUUGAUAUGGCUGGGUGUGAAGAAGAAACCCUCUGCCAAACAGUAGAGCAGCAGGCAAACAAUUGUACCUGCAGUGACUGUCAUGUUUUUGUUAUAAUCCCUGGUACAGUCAGAGCCACAAUUACAAAAUGUGGUGUCUUGUUCAAGAAUGAGACUUUGAUAUUUCCACACUUAUCAAUGGAAGACCCACCACAAAUACCCUUCUUAUUCAGUGGAAAUUGGAGAAGUCAGUUAGGACUAUACAUCCUUCAGGUAGAGAGAUCACAAGCAUCUUUAGAUUUUAGGAGAAAAAUAUUCUAGCUUUUCAUUUCACUUGGGGGCUGCCUGAGCUGCUGUAAGACCUUCCUCUUCACAGACCCACCUUCAGCACAAGCGGUGACACUGGGAGCUCCCGAGUCUCUUUGUUCCCUUUCCUCUUGCUCUGAUAUUCCCCAGUAUAGCCAGUUCUGGUUAGAACCUGCUUAAAAUUGGAGUUCUUCAGCCCCUGUGGUGUUUUAUAUGAAUCUGUAAUUUUCUUGAGGAGAGAGGAUGCAGUCAGAGCCCACUAAAACUGUGAUUCAUGCUUAGCUCUUUCUGUGUGAGAUUUUGAAAGUUCUUAUAAUCUCUGACUGAGGGUUUGUGGAUUGUGUGGUUUUAAAUGAUAAUAGGCACUAAGUCAUCUGCUGGAGAGACUAGACAAAAGCUGGUCUGACUCAAUAAGGCUUUAUUUUUAUGCUUUGAAAAAUUCAGACCCUCCUCACAGUCAUUGGGCCAGAUCACAGUCACAAUAUAGACACCAGCACUGCAAUAUUAUCUUGGGUGGUUCUGUUUUGAAAAAUCCCCAGUGGUGAUCUGACAGAAUCUGAUUUAGAACCCAGAAGAUGCUUCAGCAUAAGUACUUGUGCUAAAUCCUAAAAUCCAAGCUUUGCCCGUUUAGCC